AUGAUGGAUCUCUCUACGUCUCCUUCCCGAACGUUCGCUGGAACUACCUUCGCUCGCAUGAAGGUUGGGCGGGUCUCCAGCAUCACACUGUUCUUCGCACAACCUUUAAGCUCGCAGGUGGGUUCCUACUUUACGGUCAUACCUCUAAAUCCAUCUCCAUCUACUGUCCCUCGAUGGUAUGCUGGGAACAUCUACGACAUGGGACGGACUCUCCCUCAAGUUGUUACCCUCCCACCUUCCGACACUUUGGAGUACCAACUAUUCGUCAGCGGCGAUUACGAGAUCCGUCUUUUCGGAGACCCCGAAAUCCAGCUUGGUUCACCCACUCCGCGCCUAGAGAUAAAGGUGGACAUAACACUGGAUGUGCAGGAUCAACCAUAUACCCACGAAUCGUCGUUGGACAUAAUACCGAACUUUGUGUCUGGAUAUGCCUUUGGCAACGCAACAGGUGUUGCCAUACGCAGUAUUUCAGACUGGCUGACCGUCAAGGAUGCUGUGCUCGCUGCAGAUAGACCUCAAGUUCGGAUCUCGCUGCUUCGCGAGACGCGCGUAGCUCCAGGGCAGACUCGCAUUGUCCCACUGGUUCUAACUCAAACAGACAGUUACACAGGAAAUGAACUGGAAAUUUCGCUGACGCUUGAAUCGACUUCCCGGGAGUUGUCCUCGCUUUCUGUAUCCCUCCCAAUCAAACAGGUAUCCCAGUGGCCAGAGCCAUCCCGACAAGCGAUUGUCGGUUCAUAUUUCUUCGCGAGUUCGAUCCCUAGUCAAUUCGCUGCCCUCCCUCCGAUUCAACAAAAAACAGACGGGCAAGAGCCUCCCAUCGUCGCUCUUCAUGGCGCAGGAGUGGAUGUUGUAGGGAGCCCGGGCCAAUUUUGGGCGGAAGCUAUGCCUCCCAACCGGUACGGUUGGAUCCUCAUGCCUACCGGACGAACAGCCUGGGGCCUUGACUGGCACGGUCCAAGUACUCAAGACGUCUUUGAAUCGCUUUCCGCACUUAGUCACAUCCUCGCCCGUAACGAGGCAUGGAAACCCCAGGCUUUCUCCCCUACGUCUCCGUUCCUCCUCAUAGGCCAUUCCAACGGAGGACAAGGAGCAUGGCACCUCGCUUCACACUACCCUGACCGUGUUCUAGCCGUUGCCCCAGCAGCAGCGUAUUCCAAAUCCCAGUCUUACGUCCCCUUGACCCAUUCUCGCUCGGCACACUACAUGGACCCAGCCCUUCGUUCUAUUCUCGAAACAUCUUUCACGCCAGAUGACAAUGACCUUCACCUGUCGAAUAUACUUCAAACCCCAGUUCUCGCCAUACACGGGCUACAAGCCAUCCUAACCUCUCCGUCGCCUCUCACCUUUAUCUACUCAACGCCAGAAGAGCUCUCCCUCGCACUACGUCUUAUCCACGACCUCCAAACCUACCACAACCUUGACGCGGAGCUCAUAUCUUCGCAGGAAGCCAUUGAAUGCCACGCCCAAGGGACCUGGGGAAGCGGUAACAUCGUCGUCCUCGGCACUCCCACUUCAGACAUUAUAUCUCUCUUCCUAAAGGAACGGAAAACAGGAUUCAGCGUCGAUGACGGCCAGAUCCUUCUCCGCAACAGGAAGGUUGAGGGGGAAGGAAGGGGGUCCAUUUUCCUACAUCCCCAUCCAACCGAGGACGCUAGCUGGAUGCUGUUCAUGGUUUAUACAGAUCUGAUGUCCCUUGAAAGACUCGGGAGGCUCUUUCCAAUGCGCACUGGCAUCGCUGGACCAGCUUGGAUGAUUACAGGGCCCGAGACAGACCAGCUCGGAGCGGGUGGGCUCGAAGGAGCAGGAGUCUGGGACUCGGACUGGCAAUAUCUCCCAUCUUCCUCCUGGCUCGCACGCUGA